CUCUCUCUCUCAUUCUUUUUUUUGUUUCCAUUUUUUUUCCCUCCCCCCAUUAUGCAGGUUCUUUAACAUUUCUUAUACAUCUCCAAAACCCACUCUUUCAGAGCUUUUUGAAACCCUAAUUUGGACCGAUCCACCGCCUGGAAUCUGAAUAUAGAAAGCUUCAAUUGGUUCAAUUUCACGUUAAUCGUCCGGUGUUCGUUACGCUUUCUUGAAGUCCGUUCUCCUCAUCCCUUGCCUUGUAUCUGGUGGUGGAUUCACCCACCCUUUACCCCAGCAGGGCCUGCUGCCUUUGUUAGUUUUGUCGCUUUCUUUCUCUGUAACCUGGUUUUUGAUCAAACUUUGUACUUGAUCCAAGCCCAUUUCUGUUAAGAUUCGUCGACAUUGAAGAAAUAUUGAGUUCGAAGGUUUACUGAUCACCAUUUUAGUUUCUUUUCUGGUUGAACUUUGAGGUGUUGUGGGCAGGGAUUUGAUAAUUUUUGUCUGGAUUGUCAGGCUGGGUUCAAGACAUGGGCAUUUGAUCUUAUUAACUUUAGGGUUUCUGUUUCAAUUAUAGAGUUUCCCUUGUUUCUUAUUCCUGUCAUUUUUGUGGAGUUCCAGGAGAAUAGUGGAGCGCUGCCCGUCUUUUCUUAGGCUUCUCGAAUAGGGUUAGGUUUAGGAUUAUGAGCUUUACGGAUUCAUGGAGAUUGCUAAAUCAGGAAUUUUGAUGCUAGACGCAGCAAAUGUUUAACCUCCACGAAAUAUUUCCUGACGUUCAUUUGCUCUUCCUUGGUGGUGAAACGUCACGUCCAAGCUUUUGCAGAGGCAGCUUCUGAUCCUUUCCUUCUAUACAGUACCCAUAAUUUGAUACAAUCUAUCGAGAAAAUUGUUGGCCACUGGAUGCUAGUAACUUCUGCUUUGUUUUAAGUUUCGAUUUUGUUGGGGAGUUGGUGUCGUGGCUGAAAUCUUUUACUGUUUGACUAUUAAUAUGAAAGAAUUAUAAGAGAUUGUUCCCUCCUCCCCUCUUGGAGAUUGGUAGAGUUGAUUUGGUGCGCCAAUGUGUUGAAGCAACAAACUGUUAGUGCUCUCUCUGUACCUCUGCCACCCUCUCUCACGAGAGAGGACAGUCUUUUAGACAGCACGGGUUAGCUACGGGUUAGUCUUGUAUGGGCGAUCAUGGUGGCUGGGGGGCACAGCCAAGUGGCCUCUUGCCCAAUGGCCUCUUGCAAAAUGAAGCGGCAUCCGUGACUCGAGUACUUGACCCAGAAAGAUGGUUUAAAGCCGAAGAGAGAACUGCAGAGCUGAUUGCCUGCAUCCAGCCCAACCCACCUUCUGAAGAGCGAAGAAAUGCUGUUGCCGAUUACGUGCAGCGGUUAAUCAUGAAGUGUUUCUCCUGUCAGGUGUUCACCUUUGGGUCUGUACCUCUCAAGACCUACUUACCAGAUGGGGACAUUGACCUAACUGCCUUCAGUAAGAACCAAGAUUUGAAGGAUACCUGGGCUAGUGAGGUUCGUGAUAUGCUUGAGAAUGAAGAGAAGAGUGAGAAUGCUGAAUUCCAUGUAAAAGAAGUUCAGUACAUUCAGGCAGAAGUGAAGAUAAUAAAAUGUCUUGUAGAAAAUAUCGUUGUAGAUAUAUCAUUUAACCAGCUUGGUGGGUUAUGUACCCUUUGUUUUCUUGAGGAGGUUGACCAUUUGAUAAAUCAAAAUCAUCUAUUCAAGCGCAGCAUUAUAUUGAUCAAAGCUUGGUGUUACUAUGAGAGCCGCGUAUUGGGUGCUCAUCAUGGACUUAUUUCAACAUAUGCCCUUGAAACUUUGGUUCUAUACAUAUUUCAUGUUUUCAACAAUAACUUUGCUGGGCCUCUUGAGGUGCUAUAUCGUUUUCUGGAGUUCUUCAGUAAUUUUGAUUGGGACAACUUUUGUGUGAGCCUUUGGGGCCCAGUGGCCAUUAGUUCACUUCCAGAUAUAUCAGCGGAAACUCCACGAAAGGAUGGUGGAGAGCUAUUGCUUAGCAAAAUCUUUCUUGAUGCUUGUAGCUCAGUCUAUGCCGUUUUCCCUGGUGGCCAAGAAAACCAGGGCCAACCCUUCAUUUCCAAACAUUUCAAUGUUAUUGAUCCUUUACGUACAAACAACAAUCUUGGACGCAGUGUCAGCAAAGGUAAUUUCUUCAGGAUUCGUAGUGCUUUCGCAUUUGGAGCUAAAAGGCUGGCCAGAUUACUUGAUUGUCCAAAAGAAAACCUUAUUGCUGAAGUCAAUCAGUUCUUCAUGAACACAUGGGACAGACAUGGAAGUGGUAACCGUCCAGAUGCACCAAGUUCUGAUUUAUGGCGCUUGCAACCAUCAAACCCAGAUCAAAUUGAUGGGUCGGAGAAUCAAAGGAACCAUUUGAGGAGCAAGAAGAGUGAGAAUGUGGCAGGUCAUGAAUCAGAGACUCAGGAGAUGAACACUUUCCAUGGAAUGUCCUCUCAACAAAGUGCUCACCCCUCAGAAGGCAUGUCUAGGACCAGCCAUGUGUCAGCGGUUUCACGUACUCAAAGCCAAAAGAGUUCUGGCAACCUAAAUAGAUCAAGGAUCUCUGAUCAAAUUGCACAGAAUAAUAGUGGGAAUGAGAGUUUACAAAAUGAGAAGAGUCAGAGGAGUUCUAAUUAUUCGGUGAAUGAAGUGCAGGGAAGGUAUCAUUUUGCAAGGACACGUUCUAGUCCUGAGCUUACAGAUGCAUCUACUGAAAUUUCAACACGAGGAAGGCGUAACAGAGUGUCAGAAACAGUGAAAAACCAAAUCACUUCUGCAAGGCAAGAUUAUAGCAGUAGGAGGAAGAACUUGGUUGGUGAAGUUUCUGGAAAUCAUAGUGCAAGAUCUUCUAGUGAUGAUCCAUCAUCUUUGCAGCAUAGCUCGUCACUUCAAAGCCUUGAUGUUGCUGCUGAUUCAAACAGUGUUUCAAAUAGUUACCAUGAUGAAAAUGGCAUGGGUACCAUGAGUGAGGAGCUUUCAUCCGUUGCUGAAACAAUGGAGAUGCAUCAGGAAGAGCAAGACCUUGUGAACAUGAUGGCGUCUUCCAGGAUCCAUAGUUUCAAUGGACAAGUACAGAUGCCAAUGAAUUUAGCUUCUGCUCACCUACCUCUUCCUGUAUCACCUUCUGUUCUAGCUUCAAUGGGUUAUAAGAUUUCAUUCCGGGACCGGCAAGCAUCAACUACCAGAAACCACAGAGGAAGUUACAAUUAUGAUCGAAAUGACCACCAUGGAGACAGGGAAGGGAACUGGAACAUAAAUUCGAAACAACGGGCUACUGGCCGCAGCCAUGGUCGCCAACAAACUGAGAAGCCGUCCUCAAAGCCAGAUCGCUUGGCGGCUACUGAUAGUCGAGCCGACAGGCCAUGGGAUUCAUACAGGCAUGAUCCGUACCCCUCAUAUCAGUCCCAGAAUGGUCCAUUCGACUCCUCCAGCUCAUUGCACAGUGGCUCUAACAAUGUAGCGUAUGGCAUGUACCCAUUACCAUCUCUGAACUCUAAUGGCAUAACACCGACAGGACCUGCUGUUCCAUCUGUUGUCAUGUUGUAUUCCUAUGAUCACAACCGUGGUUUUGGUUCACCUGCUGAGCAGCUUGAGUUUGGGUCUCUUGGACCAGUGCAUUUUUCUGGCGUAAAUGAUGUAUCGCAUCUCGGUGAUGGAGGACCAGCUAGGAGUGUAUAUGAGCAGCAAAGGUUUCAAGGAGGAUCUGCACGAUCCUCGCCUGAUCAGCCAUCUUCUCCUCGACUUCAUAGAUCGGCGUCCCAGAGGAAUUAUCAGUUGAAGGAUGAGGAUUUCCCACCUUUGUCUUUUCCGGAGCAGGGUGGUAAUUUUGGUGGGAACAACUAUAAUGGAAAACAUUCACAUUAUCAGGCCUUCUUAUUCUCACCUCACUCCUAAAAAAGGAUCUGGGUCUGGUGCUCAAGGGGUUUCUGUAUAUCUUUCAUAUAAAUGAACGCCCUUUCGCUCUAGCGUAGUGUUUGUAUGUACACUACAAAAGUCAAUUUUUUUAACCUACACCUAUAUUACAGGCAUAGAAGAGGAUGGUGGAAGGGGAAAUGGGGAUAUUCUUAAUAUUUUGUUUUCACCCCAGCUUUUAUUUGUUUUCUUUUCUUCCUCGUUGGCACUGCUUAACUCCAUUGUUUUACGUAGCUCCUUCAGGUUUAGAGUAUAGUAUUUUUUUUUAAAUCCCCUUCUGUAGUAGGUGUUUAGAUUCUUGAUUUCAGUGUCAAUUAACCCAAAAUCUUUCCUUUUUCUGAACUGUAGCAUAUUAAUUUAAAUGAUAAGUUCGAUGAUAUAGCUUUA